AUGGACAUAAUGAUUGCAGUACAGGAUGCGUGUGUCUCUGGUCAAUGGCUCACCGCUAUAAUUCUCAGUCUUUGCUGUUUUCUACCUUCAUGCUUACCCGCUGGACAAACUGUGGAGUAUGCCUCGAGUGAGAGUGUGGUGAGCAAGCAAGGAGAUACGGCGUUAUUGAGAUGCUACCUGUUGGACGGAAUCUCAAAAGGAGCAUGGUUGAAUCGCUCUAGUAUCAUUUUUGCGGGGAAUGACAAGUGGUCAGUGGAUCCCCGCGUGUCCAUCGUAUCAAGCGUUGGGGAUAAACAUGAAUACAGCCUACAGAUACAGAAAGUGGAUGUAACAGAUGAGGGCUUAUACACCUGCUCUAUACAAAGUGAACGCAAUCCACGGCCAAAGCUCAUCCAGUUAAUUGUAAAAGUUCCUCCCAAAAUAUAUGACAUUUCAUCUGACAUUACGGUAAACGAAGGCAGCAAUAUCUCACUCAUCUGCUCAGCCAGUGGGAAACCAGAGCCUAAAAUCACCUGGAGACACAUAACUCCAUUAGCAAGGAAAUAUGAAAGCGGUGAAUAUUUGAAUAUCACUGGAAUUACCCGGGAUCAGGCCGGAGACUACGAGUGCGGAGCGGAAAACGAUAUUUCCUCACCUGACACCAAAACAGUGAAAGUCACAGUCAACUUUCCACCAGCCAUCCAUGAGAUGAAGAGUCAUGGAGUUCGGCUUGGGCACACAGCCCUGUUGCGGUGUGAGGCAGCAGCUGUUCCUACGCCUGUGUUCGAGUGGUACAAGGGAGAGAAACGACUUAAUAAGGGUCAAGGUAUUGACAUCAAGAACCUCAGCUCCAGAUCAGUCCUCACAAUGACCAACAUGACAGAAGAUCGCUAUGGCAACUACACCUGUGUUGCUGUCAACAGGUUGGGAACAGCCAAUGCCAGUGUGCCUCUGAUACCGAUUAUUGAACCCACCACAACUAGUGCUGUCACAAGUCCAGCCCCCAACACUGCGCCGUAUGGGAGUACGGGAAGUGCAGAAGUCCUGCUGUCUUGCCGGUACCUGAUUUUGGCUCUCUCCUCCCUCAUCAUUGUUUACUAG